GCUCGGCCAGGCGCGCGCAGGCGGACCGACGAGCCGGCAACGCAAGGGCUCGGCUCCGGGUCGCGGUCCAGGUGGGCGCCUGCGGUCCCGGGGAGGGGGCUCCUGCCAAGUGAGUGCGGACUUCUGGAUCCGGACAGGGGCCUGGGAGACCGGAGGGCAUCCUGGCAGCCGAUCCCCUCGCCCGGCACGUCGAGGGGACCUACGACUUGGGCAUGAGACACCGGCCCCUUCCCCAUUUCCUGUGAUCACACCAACGCCCAGGGUUACUGUGGGAAUGCCUGUCCAUCACCAGAAAUCAGACUCUUGGGAAAUGGACCCUGACUUGUUGCCCAGCUGCAGGCUCAGGGACCUGAGCAGAGGGAGCAGCCUGGAGAGUCGAACCAGCAGCUCGCGUUCCAGGAGCCUCACUCUGGAUGAUGAGAGCCUGAAGUAUCUCACACAUGAGGAAAAGGACGUCCUCCUGUUUUUUGAAGAGACGAUUGAUUCCCUGGAAGAUGACUUUGAGGAUCAGGUCCUGAGUGACGGUGAUGCCCAGGGCCACUCUCCACAGCCUCUGGAAGAGAGCACUUCCGGUCACUCCGAGCCAGAGGAUGUCGUGGACUUGGUGCAGCCAGGACCUGCAGCCGAGGGACCCGAAAGCCUUCAGGAUGUGACGGAGGCAGCAGGGGCUGGCCCUGUUGGAAAGGAAGACAUCCCUGCCCUUGGAUGCAGGGAACAGGAUGCUGAGAAGUCUCCCCCACCAGACCCCCCAGGUCCCGAGGCCUUCCCCCUGCCGCCCUCCCCACCUGUCCCCGCAGCCCCAGCCCACCCCAGGAGAGAGCCGGCUCCUCCAGCAGAGCACCCAAAACUUCCCCGCUCGGUCCCCACUCCGCUUGUCAUCGCCCAGAAGAUGUCUGAGAAGUCGGCAGGAAACGAGGCGCUUUCACCCACAUCCCCCUCCAGGGAGAGCAGGCCCGGGGAAUGGAGGACACUGACUUCCACAGCCCCUCGGCACGGAGACCACUCCCUGUGGCACAGACACGCGGCCCAGACGGCGCCCAAGAUCCACCGCUUCCCGAGCAACAUCAGUGUGACCAACAGCGCCGGGAAGGACUUCAAUAAGACCAUCUCCAAGGCUGCGGUCAACGUGCAGGAGCGCAAAGCCCAGGUCCUGGCCAACAUCAAUGGGGCCUCUUUCCUCUCCACGGGGGAGAUGGAGGACCGGGCCCAGAGGGGCGACCUCGUCGAGCAGAGAAGCAUCUCUCCAGAGCAGAGCCAGGCAGGCCCUAUCCAGGAAGCCGUCCCCAUGCGGGGCGGGGCCCACGGCGGCCAGCAGUCCAGAGGCGUGCAGACGGAACAGUCCCUGCCGCUGGCCAACGGCUUCCAGAGCAUCCACGAGGUCCUCAAGAGCCAGCCCGGUCCCUUUGUCUCCACGGGGAAGACAGUCACCUUCCGUCCGGACCCGGCUCUCCCCAGCAAACUUGCGCCCCGGCAGCCAGACUGCGGCCAGGAUGCGAGGAAGCGGUCGGGCUCGCUUCCCAGGGCUGUGGGGUUCAGACCCCAGGGCAUCACUGUCCAGUUCUCGGGCCGGGGCUCCACGGAGGAGGCUCGUCGGGAGGCCCUGCGGAAGCUCGGCCUCCUGAAGGAGAACUUGUGAUGGAGAGUGAGCAAGGGGGCAGGGUUGCCAGGUCCGUUGGGCCAAUGAUGGAUGUGCACUUGCGUGCAGUGCAGCCGCAAAGCCCUGACUGCGGGACUGGGUGGAGGGCUGGAGAUGCUGUAGCCUGGCUGCCCGGCUCCCUUCCGCAUCUGGGCUGGGGCAUCCUUCUGUACCAGAGGGUUCCGCACCAUAACUUGUCUUCCUUUUCCAAAAGUUCGGAGAAUAACCUUGAAAACCUAUAGGUUUCUGUGAUUCGUGAAUGCCAUGGUUCUUAGAUCUCCAUGAGGAGGGGGGCUGGGUCUGAUUUUUUUGUUACUGAGUCUUUAACCUUUUAUCCCGAGAGCAUGACAGGAACAGCAGUUUAGAUCUCUUAUACUCGAUUCUCUGAAAAAGGGAGCCUCUGCUCCUCUCCAAGAAAAAUAAAGAAGAAAUGCUUGUUCAGUUUUCAUAGUGUCUUAAAAUACUUUUUUGGUUUUCUGGUUUGUGUUUGAAGGGUGAAAGAUUGUAUGUUAGGCUGAGAUAUGCCUUUGUUUCUUCAUAUAAUUUGGUUUGCCCAGUUGUCUUUUUUUUAAUUGAAAAUGUAAACCUUUGGAGUAUGAUUUACUGUAGUUUUGAGUUAUGGGAGUGGAAUAGAAAAGUUGAGUUUGGAAAAGGUGGUAGUUUUAAGAAAGUAAGUCUCAGGCUACAAGGUCUGUGUUACUGGGAGCUACGUGUAUGGGCGGGCGCGGUGUAUAUACAUGUAUAUGAUAUGUGUUCAUAGAUACAUAUAUGCUAUCAUACAGAUACAGGUGGUGUGAUGCACACACAUUAUUACAUCUCUAUAAACUUCUUAAAAUCCUAUUACAUAACUACAGGAUGCAGGCACUUCUUAGUCUUCUGACGGACAUGCCAUCUCAGCGUCGAGAUGACGACACGGAAAUUGUUACUUCCAAAUAAGGACGUCUUUUAAGGACACAUUUCCAUAACAUUCCGGUGAACCAAAGUGCUUUUUCCUCAACAAUGUGUUUUGUUCCCAGUUAAAUAGGCCAAAGAAGCUUCCAAAGAAGCAAGGGGAAGUUCCUUUCUUAGUGAGGUACACGUUUAAAGAUUUCGUACGUCACCUGAUUUUAACCUAAUUUUAAUUUAUCACCUAAUUUUAGUUUUGCAUGUUCCGAGGUGGUUGGUAAAGAAGGAAACGAAAGAGCCUCAACGUCCCCCGUGUUCCGUGGGCAGGACCUUAGGAUUAAUUUAAAAGGGAAAAAAAACAGCAAAUAGGUUACACAGCACAAAAGGAACUGGUCUUCUCCCAGACAAUGUCCUACAUGCGGAGGUGUAGCCGUGAGCAUUAUUAUCCAAACUAUUUCAGGCUGGAGUCCUAAACCUCUAAAAAUAGACCUGGGAAGGGCCACGAUUGAAAGUCACGCCCUUCUGUUGUGUGUCUCAGGCACUGUCACCGAAUCUGUUUUUUUUUCCUGUUGAGUAUCAUUUAAGCUCAACCUUCUAAAUGUGCUGUGAAGAACAAUUUUCAUAGUAUUCAGUUUGCCUUGUAAGUUCCAUAAAAUGAUUGUAAUGUUCUUGUUAGAACAACAGUAUUUUGCCCAGUCCUUGUCCUCCUGAAAUAAUCUCAUAGAUUCUUGAUGGUCUUAAUUUAAAUAGGUGCUUUGAUUUUAGAUUUGAUUUUUUUUAUUUUAAAAAUAGUUUUUAUUUGAUUCCUGUUUAUGUUGGAUUUGUUUAAAGGAUUCCUGGGGGCUGUGAAAUUCCUUUUUACAGAGCGAGAUGCCAUGUUACACAGUGUUUAAAAAUAGAGGGUCUUGAUAUGGCUAUCGUUUUAAACAUCCCUCGUAUUUGAGGAUUAUUUCCUUCUGUCUUAUCCUCUGACUUCAUUGUGAUUAAGGUGAACUUGACUAUAUGUUAGUAUGUUUGUUCCCAUAAAUGACAUUUUUGAAAAAUAAAUUUAGAGGUCUGUUUUAACUAAA